UGUAGUGUCGACGCAGAGAGAUGAAGAGGUAGGGUUGAAAUAGAGUGAUCACGCGAAUUUAGCGCGCGAAAGUGCAGGGAAAGGGGCAGGGGUCGCUCCAUCCCGGACCACUCCGCACAAAAGCAGCGAGAGAACCCCGCCGUGAUCUGGACGCCAAAGCCUCUUCGCGUUUCGUGGGGCAGAGACAGGGUCGAUGAAGAUCGUUGCUUGUUUUGUGAUCGCUUGCUCCUAUUCGCUGGCCGUGCCUGUUCCUGGGCUGAGCAACUGCAGAUUCUUCCGGCGGGCUCACGGUCCGCAUAGUCGAAGCCACGAGCAUGCUCCAGUCACCUUACGCGAAUAUCCUUACUCUUUUCUCGCAGCAUCCGAACCCCGUCUCGCAUCAUCCAGCCACGAUCCCGCCAGCUGGACCGCCAGAUGUGAAGGUGCCCAACUGUUGAGAUCUUUCCAGCCUCGCGGCAGCAGUGGUCUGCCGUAUUCGUCACGGGUCCGCGAUGUCGGUCAAAGGUGAUUGUCAGGAACAUGACGUUCGGUUGUAUCCAGCAAGAUGCGCACCAUAGCAAUAUCGUCGCUCUCUGCGCUCCAGCUGUGGCCUGACCCGGGUCACUC